GCCCGGCGCGCCUCCCUUCCGCCUUGACCCGCUGGCCGGUCCCGGCUCCCCUCCGCGCUCCUCCUCCGUUCCGUCCCGCCGGCCAGGAGAGGGCGGCCGCGCAUCGUCUCUUCUCCGCCGCCGCCGCCGCCGCCAUUGAAACGUUGAAGGAGCGGAGCCGCCGGGCCUGCCGCGCCGGAGAGAGCCGCCCACCUCCGCCCCGCUCGGGAGGGAGUCGCCCAACGCGCGAGUCCCACCCGCUCCCUUUCCCGCGGAACAGACGGGGAGCCUCCUCCGCGCCUGCCGGCCUCCCCUCCGACGCCUCCGGUACGGUCGGGGGCUCCCCGGGGCCGGUGGUGGAAACCUCUCGGGGCCAUCAACCGCCGGUCCUACGGCCGCCUCUCACGGGCGCUGCGGCGGCGGACGGGAUGGGCGGACGGAGAAGCGGCGAUAGUUGCCAAACUUUGUGCCCAGUUGAUGCGUUGUUGAGUUGUCUGCCUUCUUCGGUUUUGUGUGUGGCCCAAACUCCACUGGACGUUGGCUGGCCCAAAAUCUGAAUGAAUGAGCCAAUAAAUAAAUAAUGCAUUGAACAAAGACCUGUUGCUAAAUCUCGGGUUGGCCAGAAUUGACCAAAGCGGAAAAGAGAUGAAAGAAGGAAAGCAAGGAACCACCAGGUCCCAUCAUGAAGUACCAGGAGAUGUUGAAAACAAUUGUGCUGUCCGGCUGGAAUAUAACGCAGAUGGUUUACAAGAGGCCGGAACUCAGGAGGGCCAAAGGGAGACUUGCAAGACGAUGCAACAGCGCUGGGAAAUCCAGUGGCAAGAGUUCCUCAGGACACUUCAGCCCAGUCAACCCGGGGCAGGAAAUCCUAUUCCGUCAGAGGCCUCCCCUUGGGAAGACCCCAAGGCCUUUCUGGCCUCCUUUGAGCAGGUGGCCCAAGCCUGCCAUUGGCCCAGAGGAGAGUGGGUGGCCCGUCUCCUCCCCGCUUUGAGCGGAGAAGCUGAGGAGGCUUUCCAAAGCUUGGAAGCCGGAGACCGGGAAGACUACGCCAAAGUGAAGGCCGCCAUCUUGAGAGAGGAAGCCAUCAAGUUGGAGGCGCAACGCCAAUACUUCAGGCAAUUCUGCUGCCGGGAGGUGGGAGACCCCCGACGCAUCCACAGUCAGCUCCAGGAGCUUUGCCACCGAUGGUUGAGGCCGGAGAGACGCACCAAGGAGCAGAUCCUGGAGCUGCUGAUCCUGGAGCAGUUCCUGGCCAGCCUCCCAUCGGAGCUCCAGAGCUGGAUCCGAGCUGGAGGGCCAGACACGUGUUCCCAGGCGGUGGCUCUGAUGGACGACUUCCUGUUGAACCAGCAGGAGGACGAAAGCAGGAAAUGGCAGGAGGUGUGCCUGGGUUCUCUGGAAGGGGAGAAAGAAGAGGACAUGGACCCUGGAAAUAGACAGAUCUACAAAGACGGCAAGCUGAACAAUAGGGAGACCAGUUUGCUAGACAGUGGAAUUAAAUGCCCAAGUCAUGCUAGUUCAUUGCUUUCUCUGGAACGACCAGAAAUGAGUGAAGCUGAACAAAAUGAGGGAUCAAUGAGGGUCCAGGAGACAGAACCUCCUCUGCAGACAAUGGAUCAAGGUCUGAUCCAGCCGGGUCAACGGACCAUAUUCUGGCAAGUCCUGCAGGAGGAGAACGGCAACACAGAUUGUUUGGGGGUCAAGAACAGAAACUGGAUCAAAAUGGAAAGUUCUUUGAAUGGCGGAAAUGAUCCAGAGGGGACCUCCAGGACAAUGGAACAGAUUAACACAGGGAAUGUGUCAGUGGAGGAUGACAUGCAGAAAGAGGGAUGUGACAGCCGGGGUUGGAUCAAGAUGGAACAUUCUCAGCGGGGAGAGAUAGUGCUGGAAGGAACACCCAGGAUUUCAGCAGACAAUUCCCAGUGGACGUUUCCUGCCUCCUCUAAUAUUCAUGGACUGAGGUGGGAAUUCCAAGUGGAUAAUAAGACGCCAGGAAAGGGGAGGAAUGAAUGGUGGGACCUCUCAGAAGACCUUACGACGGCCGUCCAGGAGAACCCCACCGCGCAGACAGACGGGAGGAAGGCCCUGCCGCCAGCACCAAAGUGCUGUUACAAAUCAGGAUUUGUGGAGGCGCAAGGGAGAUCCUGCCCACGUCCUUCUUUGGAGGAAGCGAUCCAGCAGAAAUGUUACUUGGAUAAACAUCAGAGGAUCCAUUCAGCUGAACAAGAAGCUGAACCCUUGGAGGUGAGGAAAGGCUUCCGCCUGGGAGACGAUUGGACCGGAUACCUGAAAAGUCACCCAGAGGAACCGCGCGAACGUCCGAAAGGUGAGAAAGACGGUAAAAACUGGAAGGCUGUAAAGAGGGAUCAAGGCAUUCAGACGGAAGGGAGGCGGCAUCGGUGCGCCCAGUGUGGGAAAUCUUUCCGACACAGACAAACGUUGGCCAAACACCAGAAGAUCCACACGGGCGAGAAGCUGCACGAGUGCCUGGCUUGCGGGAAGAGCUUCACGUCGCGAGAGCCUCUGCUGAGGCACCAGCGGAUUCACACGGGGGAGAAACCCUACGAAUGCGCCCAGUGCGGGAAAUGUUUUCGGCAGAGAGUCCACUUAAUGGGUCAUCACAAAACCCACACGGGAGAAAAACCCUUCAAGUGUCCCGAAUGUGGGAGAAAUUUCUCUCGGAGGGAUAAACUGACCAGGCACCAGCACAUCCACCGAGGCCAGCGGUCUUACGCACAUCCCGAACUUGGGAAAAGUUUCGAUCCGAAGGCUGCCCUGCUCAAACAUCAGAGUCUCUACGGAGGACAGCCUAUUUUACCAGAGGGUUUUAACUCUCCUCAGAUGCCUACCAGGAUUCAGACUAGUUCCUAAGACACUCCAAAAGGAAAACAAACGGCUUCAGGUUAUAUGUUUUUAGAGGAAGUCGCCUUGCACAAUGCCACAUGAACAGCCCUGUUCUCUGCUUCCUUUUAAAAGCCGUUCCGGACCUCACUGUAAAUCCCCCCUCAUCCUCAGCCAGCUUUUCCCACGUUGGACUUUGGGAUCCAGCCCCCUCUGAAGGACCCCCGAUGAGGGAGGGCUGAAGGAAAGGAGAAGAAUAAUAAAAGCCAUUUGAAUUCUGUAAAUUACAACAGAGCCUUUCUCCCAUUUCUGCGGUAGGCCGUGUCAGAGUUUGUUGCAGCAAU